GCUCGUCACUGGUACCCUUAAAGUUGUCGAUGACAGGAGAUCCAAGAUGCUAAGAAGAGGUCUUGUUAGCAUCAUCGACUGCGAUCAGGAAGCAGAUUGGGCCAAAUCACGCAUGAGACUAUCGUUUUGUGGACGUGCGACGUCACGACUCCUGUAUGAUAAGUGAUGGAAAGAGCAUGUUUAGAGCCGCAAGUACAAAUACCAUGUUCUGUUAUUUCCCUUCAUUUCCUUCUGAUGCUCCUCACACAAUUCCAGCCUAUCUCCCGCAGAACAUUUACCAGUCCUUCCGAGACAUCCCAUUCGUCCCACAUCAUCACUCCACCAACAAAUCGCAGCCAUGUCCAGCGUACCCGGAGAAGAGUUUGAAGUUCGUCAGACGAUGACCACUGAGGACAUGACCCCAGACCCGAGCAAGAGUAUCAAGCUCAGUCCUCAGCGCCAGGCUUUGAUCGACGACAUAAUCGCUCUGUAUAGCUGCGAACCAACGAUUAGACGCGUGGAACGUUAUACAGCGGACUGCGUUUAUGACGACCAGUUUGUCUACGCCAAUGACAGAUACAAGAUGGCCGGGCAGUGGUUCGCACUGCCAAAGUUCUUCAAGGAGAGCAAGAACGAGCGUUACGAGAUCAUCAAGAACGACCGGGACUUGAUUCAGUUCAAAAACGAGCAGUCAUGGACCUUCAAGCUGAUCCCCAAGACCGCUACUAUCAACGCGUUGGUGUCACUUUCGCUCGAUCCCGAUACCGUUGAUUCAGACUUCAUCCAAGUCAAAUAUCACAAGGAUCAAGCCAACGACAAGGACUAUUCUCACAAUGGUUUCGGAUUCCAUUUCAAGAAGUUCCAGGCAGAUAACGUUUCCAAGCUCAUGAGCGCCGAUGAGGUCAAGUACUUCGAGAAAGAUAAGGGUGCGGCCAAGGAACCCGUCAAGAAGUACGGCACUGGAGACGAGAAGGGCCAGGCCCCCAUGAAGGAUCUCUAAAUCAGUAAGCCAUGAUGAAGUCUUUACAUACAUAAGGCCUUUACAAGUAAGAGCCACUGGCCUACAUAAUGAUGUGGUAUGGUAAUAUUCUCUAAUGACCUCUACCUCACCUCUCUCUCCACUUGUUUCUUCGUUAGUUCC